AUGUAUCAACGAUCGACGCGCUCCGAGCGCGAGGCGGGUAGAUCCAGCAUUCGGCCUGGCACUGGUAGUCGCACAACAAGCCUAAGGCAGCCGACAGUACGACAGGCGACGACAGGGAGACAGGUGCGCACGCGUGCUCCGCCGAUAGACCGGUCGGGCGCGGUGUCGCCGACAGAGUCAGUGGCAUCGGCCAUGACCAUGUCGACAGUGACGGCGAGUACGGGUGCUGGUUCGAAGCGUAAGGAACGGGACUUUGAGGCGCCGCACCCCGGCCUCGGCGAGACAAACAUCAAUGUCGUGGUGCGCUGUCGCGGUCGCAACCCGCGCGAGGUCAAGGAGAACAGCACCGUCGUCGUCAACACGGAUGCCACCAGGGGAAAACUCGUCGAGCUGUCCAUGGGCGCCUCGGCCAUAAGCGACAAGACGUACAGCUUCGACCGCGUCUUCGCACCGGCUGCCGACCAGAGCAUGGUAUACGAUGACACGGUGAAACCUAUACUUGACGAUAUGCUCGCUGGGUUCAACUGCACUAUUUUUGCGUAUGGCCAGACGGGAACCGGAAAGACCUACACUAUGUCAGGCGACAUGACAGAGACAUUAGGUAUGCUCUCGGAUGAGGCUGGAAUCAUCCCUCGUGUACUCCAGAACCUGUUCAACAAGCUCGAGCUCGACGACACGGAGAACUGCGUCAAGUGCUCCUUUAUCGAACUAUACAACGAGGAGCUGCGCGACCUUCUGUCGGUCGAGGAGGCAACUAAGCUCAGGAUCUACGACGACGCGUCGCGGCGGGGGCAUUUGGGCACCAUCGUGCAGGGAAUGGAAGAGAAGCACAUAAAGAAUGCGGCUGAGGGAAUCAAGGUACUCCAGGACGGUAGCUUGAAGCGCCAGGUUGCCGCGACAAAGUGCAACGACCUGAGUUCCCGCAGUCAUACUGUCUUCACCAUCACGGCCUACGUCAAGAAGACCAACGAGAACGGCGGUGAGGACCUUGUCGCCGGCGGCAAGCUCAACCUUGUUGACCUGGCGGGAAGUGAAAACAUCCAGAGAUCCGGUGCCGAGAACAAGCGGGCAGCCGAGGCCGGCCUAAUCAACAAAUCGCUUCUUACUCUGGGGCGCGUCAUCAACGCCCUCGUCGACCGCAACGCUCAUAUCCCCUAUCGAGAAUCCAAGCUCACGCGUCUGCUGCAAGACUCACUGGGUGGACGCACCAAGACAUGCAUCAUCGCCACCAUAUCACCGGCCAAGACGAACCUCGAGGAGACAAUAUCCACGCUAGACUACGCCUUCCGCGCCAAGAACAUCCGCAACAAGCCCCAGCUCAACGCCAUGCUCAACAAGAAGACGCUUCUAAGAGAGUUCACCGCCGAGAUCGAGAAGCUCAAGAGCGACCUCAUUGCGACGAGGCAGCGCAACGGUGUCUACCUGUCCAACGAAGCGUACGAGGAGAUGACGGCACAGAGCGAGUCGAACAGGAUCGUGCUUGAAGAGAAGUCAGCCAAGGUGGAGACGCUGGAGUCCAACCUGCGCAACAAGGUGCAGGAGCUCUUCUCCCUCACCACCAACUUCAUGGGCCUGAAAAAGGACCACGAGUCCACCAAGGCCCUCCUCAACGAUACGAAGGGCCUCUUGGACAAGGUCGAGAUUGUCCUUGCCGACACCAGGGAUUCGCUUGCCCGAGAGACGGAGCUGCGAAAAGCCCACGCCCAGACAGAGGGAAAGCUAGCCAAGAUUGGUGACGAACUCAUCGGCAAGCUCAACCAGACUGUCCAUGACGUUUCGGGUCUCCACGCCAAGAAUAAGCGCAAGUCUGACCUCCAGCUUGUCAACCGCGCCACUUGGGGCACAUCGCAAGACCAUGUCGCCGACGUCACGUCCAUGAUUGAGCGUCGUGUGCAGGAGUUUAAGGAGGAGCAAUACGAGCAGAUAGGUAGCAUCUCGCACCGCAUGGGGGAAUUCGUCCAGGAGGAGCUCCAGAGACUUACCUCAACCCAGUCGCUCCUCGAUGAGAGUCUUGACAUGUUUAGUGAUUCCACGAGAGGGCUUCUCGAGCAGAAGCUCAAAUCCAAGGAUGACAUGGACGAAAUCCUCGAGGACAUCAAGAUCAUCCGCGACAACGUAAAGGUGCGCGUCGGCGACAGCCUCCGAGCCACCAUCUCUAAGAUGGGCGAGAAGAUUGCUGCCGAGCUUGUGGAUGAAGCUAUGGGCCUCCACAGCCAGCUCCACGGUUCCUACAGCGCCCUUGGAAAAGAUUUCAAGUCCAUCUUUGAUGACCUGGUCAAGCAUCUCACGACCCAGCGGAGUGAGGCCAGCAACCACUCCCGCCAGGUAGACACUGGAAUGAACAGCAUCGGCCAGCAAAGUGCAGCUGUCUCGGCCAAGAUACAGGAGAGCGAGGAGGAGGAACGGCGUAGCUCGGCGGAGGAGGCUCACAAGUUCAUGGCGCAAUUCUCUAGCCUCUUCACCGCGUUUGUCGAUGCCCAGCAAUCUCGCUUUUCCGACCACAGCUCCCGGGUGAAGAAGGGCGUGGACGAGACUGGCGAGAUGGUCGAGGGAGUCAGGUCGCAGCACUCGCAGGCCAUGGCCGACUGGGAUGCCAAGGAGGGCCAAGUGCUCGAGGAGGUCAAGAAGUCGCGGGACCAGCUCAAGACGAAGCUCAAGGACGACUGGACAGCAGCCAACGACCGCAGCACGGCUAUACAGAACGCCGCCAAGAAUGUGCACGCCGAAGCGGUGCGCGUCGUGGGCGAGCAGGUUGAGGGGUUGGACACGGAAAUGGAAGCCCUCGACGACUUUGUUACGCGUGCCAAGGCUGAGAACGCAGCACACCACGAUGUCCACACCCAGACGGUCAAGAGCAUGUCCAACACGGUUGAACAGUCGCUUGGAAGCGUCUCAGGCCACUUCAAGACGACGUUUGACCGCGUCAGAAACCUUGGAGAGGAGAUGGAUCUGGACAUCAACGACCUCCGCGACGGUCUCGAGCCCCUCGACUCGCAGAUCUGCCAGCCGCUCGCCAACCUGCGCGACGACAUUUCCAACACCGCCUUGCAGGAGUACCAGUCGACAGGUGAGACGCCGCAAAAGGUGACAUACCAGUACCCAACCAAGUUGCCACGCACCUCUAUCACGACAUCCACCUCCGCUGCCCGAUUGGCCUCCCUGUCGCAACAGCAGGAGCAGAGCAGCAUUGGAGAGGUUGGGGGAGAAGAAGCAAAAGGAGGAGACAAAGGUCAUCCUGGCGCCGGCGAGAUUGACAGCGACAACGACGAGGAAGACGAACACCGCGACAUAAGUAACGACAAUAAUAACACCAUGGUUUUUGCCGACCUCGACCCUUCGUCCAAGUCAUCACCAGCCGGCCGUCCAUCCACUGCCCGCCGCCCAUCCACCGCCUCGACGGCGCACAACACCAGCCUCCGCGAGGUCGAUCCCAACCUGACGACUAGCAAUGCUGCCGUCGAGUCGAGCAUGAUACCCGCCCCCGCCGACGACACCAUGCCACUUCUCAAGCACGGUGGCACGAGAUCGAUCUUGGGAAGUGGCAUAGCCAGGAAGCAGACUGGCGAGGGCAGGGAAAAUCUACCCCCGACAGUGUCUGCGUUUGCGCAGGGCGGAUCAAGGAGAAAGAGUCCUAGGUUUAAAUAA